CAAGUUUUUAUUAUAAAAUUUGUAUUCAUUUGUUUACACUAUGCUUGUUAGUUUCAAAAAAGAAUAGUGAAUAAUAUUAAUUGUUGCCUUUUUAUUAAAAAAAAAAGUUUUUAAUUUAAUUUUGUUUGCUGUUUACUUAAAAAUGAAAUACUUACCGAAACUAUUAAUUCUGUAUUAUAUCAUUUCAAAAACAAAUGGAGAUGAUGAUAUAAACGAGAAUUUUGAACAAUACCCGGAAGCAAAAAAUUUAAAAUCAGAAUAUGAUUUCAUUAUUGUGGGCGGAGGAAGUGCCGGAUGUGCUUUGGCGAAUCGUUUAAGUGAAAUAUCUGCAUGGGAUAUACUUUUAAUAGAGGCGGGUGGUGCUGAAGAUAAAAAACGUAUGGAUAUUCCUGGAAAAGCAGCCGCAAAUCAACGAUCAUCGUUUGAUUGGAAUUUCGAAACGGAACCUUCCGAUGUAGCUAGUUUAAGUUUAAUAAAUAGAUCAAAUUUAGUUUCACGUGGCAAAGUAAUCGGUGGUUCGAGUACGUUGAAUUAUAUGGUGUAUAAUCGGGGUGCUCCUGCAGAUUACGAUCGUUGGGAAUAUUUUUACGGCAAUCCUGGAUGGUCAUUUAAAAAUGUGCAUAAGUAUUUUAAGAAAUUAGAAGACUAUGUUGGAAUUGAUACUAAAAUCUUACCUGGUUAUUUUGGGAAGAAUGGUCCAGUGCAUGCUGAAUAUAUCUACUAUCGAAGUAAUCUCAGUUACGCAUACAUAAAUGCUUCACAAGAAGCUGGUAUCCCAGUGACACUAAUAAAUGGACCAAACCAAACUGGCAUAGGACGUACACCGAUGACCGUAAAAACGGGAUACCGACUAAGUUCCAACAGAGCAUAUUUAGUACCUAUCCGACGGGAAAAUCUUCAUUUGAAACUAAAUUGCGAAGUUACGAAAGUAUUAUUUAAGAAUACCACAGCCAUUGGUGUGGAUUUUUCCUGUCCGGAAAAAAACUAUACAAUAUACACAAAAAAGGAAGUAAUUUUAUCAGCAGGAGCCAUAAAAUCUCCACAACUUUUAAUGCUGUCUGGUAUUGGCCACAGAGAACAUUUAGAAGAAUUUGGAAUUCCGUUAAUCCAAGAUUUACCUGUGGGAGACAAUUUAAUGGAUCAUGUCGCUAUGAUGGGCUUACAAUUUACAAUCAAUCAACCACUAUUCCCUCAAGACGAUUUUGAUAACCAAGAAGAAUUGUUUGCCAAUAAGAAAACAGGUCCAUUAGUUAAAUUUCCCUCUGAAGCGAUCACAUUUUCACAUGAGUCAGGAGGAACUCAAUCCAAUGAGGAAAUUCUUCUUUCCUCAACUUUUAAUGAAUUACUUUGUGGAAAUUUUCACUUAAGCAAUGAAACUUGUGCAGAUGUUUUUGAUUUAAGCGCAGUGAAUCGAGCAUUUAAUAUAUUUCCAUUUUUAUUAAAACCAAAAAGUAGGGGUUAUAUUCGUUUGCGUAGUAAUAAUCCAUUUGCUGAUCCUAUUAUAGAUCUUAAAUAUUUAACGGAACAAGAGGAUGUCGAACAAUUAUUACUUGGAGUUAAAGAAGGUCUAAAAGUGGCUCAACAACCAUCUUUGAAACCAUUUAAUCCCACUUUAAGCAAAAACAAUAUUCAGGCUUGCCAACAAUAUGAUUUUGAAUCGGAUGAAUACUGGAAAUGCCAGAUACGUCAUUUAUCAACAACUAUUUACCAUGUAUGUGGAGCAUGCAAAAUGGCUCCUAGAAAUCAAUCUGGGGUUGUUGAUGCUCACUUGCGUGUGCAUGGUGUGGCAGGAUUACGUGUUGUUGAUUCGAGUAUUAUGCCUGAAGUUGUAUCUGCACAUUUAAAUGGUCCAACAAUUAUGAUCGCAGAAAAAGCAGCUGAUUUGAUUAAAAAAGCUUGGAACGAUGAUGAAGAUAAUGUAAAUUACGCGAGUGGAAAUGGGCAUAAUUAUAAUAAUAUGUUUGGGAAUAUGAUGAACGUCAAUCAAAUUAUUUUAAACGGCUUGAAAAAAUAUAAUGGAUAACUAAAUUUUUGAAAGUUGCGUAAUAUAACGUUAUUUUCAAUUUUAAGGCGGCUAAUAAAUGAUGAACGAGUAUUAACAAAACCUUAUAAAUAUAUAUAUUAUAAGAAAACCGUACAAUAAAAGUAAAAAAUAUUACAAAAACCCAAAAAAAAACAAAAAAAAACGAGGAAUUUAUCUGUGUGUACAUUUGAAUUUGUUUUGAAAACA